AGGCGAGGCCGGAGCUCAAGGCAAGAGCCCAGGCCAGGCGGCUACCGUAUUGGUGGCGAAGGAGUUCGCUAUGGCGACACCUCAGCGAGCUCGGGUCUUGCGGUGCUGUAGCUGCUGCCUCUUCCAGGCGCACCAGGUGAAAAAGAGUGUCAAGUGGACAUGCAAAGCUUGUGGCGAGAAGCAGUCCUUUGUGCGGGCUUAUGGUGAGGGCUCUGGUGCUGACUGUAGACGUCAUGUUCAAAAGUUAAAUCUGCUGCAGGGACAGAUUUCAGAACUCAGGUCUCUGGAAGGACAUGUAGGUGCCAGUGAGGAAGAAUGCACGGGUCACCAGCAAGCUGAGAACGUGAGUCUGCAGGAAAAAGCACAGCCCUCACAGAGUCGCUGGGUGAAGUAUCUGGAAAAGGACUCCCAAGAACCGGAGCUGGGAGGAGUAUACUUUGACAAGCAGCUCUCAUCCAGAAUAGGGGGGCCAGCUCGGCCCUUCAGUCAAGACCUGCCUAGAAAAAGGAAAUGGAGCCAGAGCACAGUUCAACUUCCAGGCAGCUUUGAUGCCCAGGACUCAGAAGACUCUGAGGUCACUUUGGAACCCCAGAAGGGCUCCAGUAGCCUUAUCGGGGAUGUGAGACAAGACAACCACUGCCUCCAGAAUUCUGCAGACUACAGCUCCAGGGAACUUGGUGGUCCCCUGCAGGAACUACAGAGUCCUACCCAGCAGCUCAAAUCCACACCUUCUAAAUGGGCACAAUUUCUCCUGUCAACUGGGGACAGCUCACAUGUGGACAUAGAGCCACAUAGACCACUACAGAGGGGCACUAGGUCAGCUGGUUCAGUACAGGCUGACCAAGGGACCUGCAGGGCCCAGAUCCCAAGGGAAGGCCACCUCAGCAGGCCCACCACCCCUGUCCAGCUUCCUGAGUCCACACACACUACUUCUGGAUCUAAGAGACCCUGUUGGAAGGCUUCUGAGCAGUUGUGGGACAUGGGGACUCCUUGGGCAGAGAGCAGGUCCUUGGCCAAAGGGGUACAAAAGCCCCCACCCAUGCGACUAUGUGAUCUUUUUACAACAGGGGAGGACUUUGAUCUUUGAGCCAAGACUUGCAUGUUACUAAUUUAGGUACACUCCUUACACCAGCCCCUUUCCACUGGACUCUAGGUGCUUUUUAAGGAUUGUAAUGUAUGAGAAGGACCAACAAUAAACAUUACUGUGAAACAAAUCAUUU